GUAAGACUGAUACAGGUGACACGCCUCAGCCGGAUUCACCAGCAGAUCUUCCACCUGAAGCUGAUCUCUUCAAUAUUGUAGUAUUAAUACAAGGAGAACAAAUUCUCCUUACCAACUUUUUAACAGGUGAGCAGCAGCUGCCCCGGCAAGAGCUGAUUUUUUUGAGGUCCUACACAUAUUUGACUACUUUUGACAACUUUGAGACAUGUCUUACAAUCAACCAUACCGAAACCCACCUGAUGAUUACAGCGCAAGCAAUGACAAGUACAAAGACUCGCAACGAAUUUAUCACCGGGAGUCUACCGCUUACAGGUCGCGAAUUAGGAGCGGAUCUCCAGAGCGGACGUCUCCAUCCUCAUCAGAACCUGUCCUCUCGUCUGCUAAGGCUUUGUCUUUUCUGCAUAGCUGUGGACUGGAUGCUGAAGACCUUCAAACUCUGGCCAAGCUUCCGGAGCAUCUCAUCGCAGCCGAUACCCUUCCUGACCUUCUUGCGCAGAUCAAAAAUAAGAAAGCGUCCAACACUUCUUCAUCUAGGUCCGGUGCGCUCCAACCCGGUUCGUCAUCUCGCUCCUGGGACGACAGGAGCCACACUCAGCUGGUUGAGUAUCCAUUGGCUUUGCCUGUCCGUCAGUCAUAUUCCAUUCCUCGAGAGCAGCUUCCAACCUGGGACGACCGCUGGGAAAAUGCCCAACAAACAAGCUCUCCAACAUGCACGCACACCAGUUCUGACUCAAACUAUGUGGUUGAGUACAACCAUCUGAAAGACAAACAGUCUUAUUUUGAUAAAGCGUCUUAUGCCACAGAACCAUCAAGGCAGAAAACGUCCGUUGUCCCGCAGUCUUACUCUAGCCACAGCAGAGACGUCAGUCAAUCCUCACAUUUGUCCAGCAGAGACGUCAGUCAGUCCUCUCCUCUGACCAGUAGAGAUGCAAGUCAGUCCUCCCAUCGCUCUAGCAGAGACGUCAGUCAGUCCUCUUAUCUGUCCAGUAAAGACGUCAGUCAGUCCUCCCAUCGCUCUAGCAGAGAUGUCAGUCAGACCUCUUAUCUGUCCAAUAGAGACAUUGGUCAGUCCUCACAUCUGUCCGGUAGAGACAUUGGUCAAUCCUCACAUCUGUCCGGUAGAGACAUUGGUCAGUCCUCACAUCUGUCCGGUAUUGGUCAGUCCUCACAUCUGUCUGGUAGAGACAUUGGUCAAUCCUCACAUCUGUCCGGUAUUGGUCAGUCCUCACAUCUGUCUGGUAGAGACAUUGGUCAGUCCUCACAUCUGUCAGGUAGAGAUGUUGGUCCACCCUCACUCCUGUCCAACAGAGGCGUCGCUCCACCCUCGCUUCUGUCCGGCAGAGAUGUCGGCCCACCUUCUCUCCUGUCUGGCAGAGACGUCGGUCUGCCCUCGCUCCUGUCCAUCAGAGACCUUGCACCACCCUCGCACCUGGCCAGCAGAGACGUUGGUCAGUCUUCACACCAACGGAGGACAGAGUCAGCUCCUAGAGUGCCUACCAGGAAGGAGGCAUCAGAUUUCCACGGGAAAACUCCACCAGUAUUUCCCUACGCGUGCGUGCUCUGCGAAAUCACUGUCCUCUCUAACAAGGACUGGUCUUUGCAUAUAAAAGGAGCCCAACAUGCUCAUAGUCAACUUAGUCUUGUGGAAAAAUAUCCAGCGUGGGAUCAGACAAUCCAAUCUGCUCGAAGAAAUGAGCCCCAUCCUGAUCGACACGCGUCCAGAACAACACAGGAACGAGGUGGAACCUCAAGCAGUAGAAAUGGAUCGUCAGGCAGCAAAAGUCAAUCAUCAAGCAGCCAAAACCGCAAUAACACCGAAGCAACGACGAAGUGCAAAGUGGUGUGCGUCAAGUUUGAAGUGGAUGAUGUGGAUGAAGCUUACCUGAAAAAAUUGCUUGGCCAGUUUGGGGCGAUUGUCAAAAUUAUCAUGUUACCAAGAAUGGCUUUUGUGAAUAUGGGAACAGCAGGCCAAGCAGAGGAUAUAGUAAAAUAUUUCUACCAAAACCCUUUGAGGAUCAGAGGAGAACUGAUCGUAUUUACUCUGUCUGCAGCAUUCAAUUUCCUACAGACUUCUCGUGUAGUGAGCUUUUCACCGUUACCUUCUGGUGAUGGCAUACGCUCGGAGUUGACGGCCAUUGCUAAGCGUUUCGGAUCAGUAAAACAUUCUCUGUUUCUCCCAAGCCGGGGUUAUGUGGAGAUGAGCAGUGCAGAGGAGGCCGACAAAUUGGUGGAGCACUAUUCAACCAAUUCACUUAAAAUAAAAGGAAAAACCAUUAACGUUUGUUCCUCAACUGAGUACCAGACGCUUGAAAUGACGGAUGCUGACAAAGAAAAAUCACCAGUUCCUUAUAGCAGCAGCAGCAGCAGGAGGAGGAGGAGGAGUUGCAGCCCGAGGAGGAGAUCCCACAGAGACUCUCCCAGCCCCAAACGAAGAGCUUCUGAAGAGCGGUCCAGGUCUCGCAGGAGUCACGACUCUAAGAAACGAGAAGAAAGUCGACGCUCACGCGAGAAAACCAAAGAGAGCUCUAGACGGGACAGCUCAUCCAAAUCCCGUUCUAAAAAAUGCUCUCCUUCGAAAGACCAGAAGCAAAAAACAAAAACAGAAGAAAGUGUGAAGGAGACUGUUGAAGACGACAACAAUCAGUCUGACAUCAUGACUGAUGAUAGUGAUCUUGAAGGAGUGGCAGUUAUAGCAGAUGAUGGUGAGGCACUGAAUUCAGAAGAUGAGCUCACAGUAGAUGAAGAGAUGGAUGAUGAGGCGCAUGAAACCUCCGAUGAACAGGAUGCGUCUGAAGAUGUCCAAACUGUGAAAGAGUCAGAUGAUCAGACUAAACCUUCAGACAUGGACACAUCGAGCAUACAGCCAGAGACGUCAGAGUGUGUACCAACUGCUACUACUUCGGAAAGAUCGAGCGAUUGUAAGGAAGCCCAAGAGCUUCAACAAGGAGAGCAAAAAGAGCUUCAAGAAAAGCAAAACGAGCUUCAGCAAGGAGAGAAAAAAGAGCUUCAAGAAAAGCUGAAAGAGAUUCAACAAGGAGAGCAAAAAGAGCCUCAAGAAAAGAAAAAAGAGCUUCAACCAGGAGAGAAGAAAGAGCUUCAGCAAAAAGAACUUAAACAAGAAGAGCAAAAAGAGCCUAAACAAGAAGAGCUUCAACAAGGAGAACAAAACCAGCAACAAGGGGAGCAAAAAGACAAUACAGUGGAGAUGGAGACAGCAGAUAUCUCAGAGAAUCUAGACAAGGAGGGAGUGUUGACAGAAAAAGGUGAUGAAAUGGAGAUUUCGACUUCGAGCACUGAGGAAACGUUUGGCAAAGUUCUGGAGGUGGCAGGGUUUCCAGUGGCUAAAAAAUACAGUGAAGCAGAUUUACUGAAAAUUGGGGAAAAAUACGGAGAUGUGGCAAACUGCUGUCUGGUUCGCAGCAAUCGAAAGGUGGAGAAGGCAUUAAUUGAGAUGGCGAAUGCUGCCGAUGCUGCAAAACUCGAAGCCGAGUGUAAAAGGCAACACAUUAAACUAGGCGGCAGAAACUUGAGGAUAACCGUGUCAAAGAAAUACAGCCACUUGAACGAUGGGCAAAGUGUUGACGCUGACUCUGAGAAAGAGAAAGUUAAGGAAGAUACUGAAGAGAACAAUAAGGAGCCAUCAAGCACACUGGCUUCCAGUGAGGAGAGUACAGUAGUGAUGGCUGAGACCGAGAUCUCUGAAGAAGAUGCUGAGGCUCAGGAAGCAAAGGAAACCAACAUGGACACAAUCAUGCAGACGUCUAGUGAUGAGGAGGACGGGUAUGGCAGAGUUCUCCGGAUCAGAAACCUUCCAAUGCCUGAUGAGUACACUGAUGCAGAAUUUCUGAGCAUCGCAGAACCGUAUGGUAAAGUAGUACGCCAUUGGAUGUUUCGCCUUCAUCGAACGGGACUGAUUGAAAUGAAAAAUGCCUCUGAUGCUGAAAAGGUUGUAGCUGCGGCAGACAUUAAUAAAAUUACAGUUGCUGGAAUGCAUCCCAAGAUUUCAGUGUCUACCAAACAUGCUCAUUUAAAUAAAAGGUACUUUCUACAUGGACCUAGUGAUGGUUCUGUACACCCAUCUUUCGAGUUAGAGGAGGAAAAUGAUGAAUCCAAGACACAAAACAGUAUUUCUGAGCAGCAGCCGUCUAUCCAGACAUCAGCGAAUGUCGAGGAGUCUUCGAAUGAUAACCGAGAUGACAACUCGAAGGGAGAUGAGAAGCAGGUUUCUGCAGCUGAUGAUGGAAGCAUAACGGAGGAGGAAAAUUCAGACGCUGUGUCAGAGACGCAAACACCUGUGAUGGAUCCAGUGGGCACAGAGUUUGUUCGGCCUGUGGUGGGUUACUUCUGCAGCCUGUGUAAUGCCAUCUAUGCCAGUGAGGAAGAGGCCAAGGGCGAACACUGCAGGACCCCAAUGCAUCAUCAAAAGCUGAAGGAGCACAAGGAGCGUUCAACAUAAACCAUGACAUGAAUCAAGCCAAUCCAGAAAUCAUUCAUAGACUAGGGUGCCCAUAAGUGCCAUUUUCCCAGGACGCGUCCUGGCCAGGAUUUCUAUA